CCCGUCAGAGGCGGCAAGGGGCCCGGAUUGGCAGAGGAGGAGGAGGGCCCGACUUGUGCUCUUUGGGAGCCGGGCUUUGUGUGUGAAGCAGGCAGCGGUGAAGAAAGGCAGCCUCUUCUUCCUCCUCCUCCUCCUCCUCUUCUUCCUCACCAUGUGAAGAGGGCCCAGUCCCCGGCCUCGGGGGUCUCCUUCAUCCUCCUUCCUCCUCCUCCUUUCUCUCCUGGGUGGUCCAAGAUGCUGAGCCGGCUGAUGAGUGGCAGCAGCAGGAGCCUGGAGCGCGACUACAGCUGCACCGUCCGCCUCCUGGAUGACAGCGAGUACGCCUGCACCAUCCAGCGAGAUGCCAAAGGCCAGUAUCUGUUCGACCUCCUUUGCCAUCACUUGAACCUCCUGGAGAAGGACUACUUUGGGAUCCGCUUCGUAGACCCGGACAAGCAGCGGCACUGGUUGGAGUUCACAAAGUCUAUUGUCAAGCAGAUGCGAUCGCAGCCGCCCUUCACCAUGUGCUUCCGAGUGAAGUUCUACCCCACGGAUCCGGCCGCCCUGAAGGAGGAGAUCACCAGGUAUCUGGUCUUCUUGCAGAUCAAAAGGGACCUCUAUCACGGGCGCCUCCUCUGCAAGACGUCUGACGCCGCUCUGCUCGCUGCCCACAUCCUUCAGGCGGAGAUUGGCGACUAUGACCCCGGGAAGCACCCUGAGGGCUAUAGCUCCAAGUUCCAGUUUUUCCCCAAACAUUCAGAAAAGCUGGAAAAGAAGAUUGCAGAGAUCCACAAGAUUGAGCUCAGUGGUCAGACACCAGCCAUGUCAGAACUCAAUUUCCUGCGGAAAGCCCAGACCUUGGAAACCUAUGGCGUCGACCCACAUCCCUGCAAGGAUGUGUCUGGGAACGCCGCCUUCCUGGCCUUCACCCCCUUCGGGUUUGUCGUCUUGCAAGGAAACAAGCGAGUGCACUUCAUCAAAUGGAAUGAAGUGGCAAAGCUGAAAUUUGAAGGCAAGACGUUCUAUUUAUACGUAAGUCAGAAAGAGGAAAAGAAAAUUGUUCUGACCUAUUUUGCUCCAACACCUGAAGCCUGCAAGCACCUCUGGAAAUGUGGGAUCGAGAACCAAGCCUUCUAUAAACUGGAGAAGUCCAGCCAAGUCCGCACCGUUUCCAGCAGCAACUUGUUUUUCAAAGGGAGUCGGUUCCGAUACAGUGGCCGGGUUGCAAAGGAGGUGAUGGAAUCGAGUGCCAAGAUCAAGAGGGAGCCUCCAGAGAUACACAGGGCGGGACUGGUUCCCAGCCGCAGCUGCCCGUCCAUCACCCACGGCCCACGGCUCACCAGCAUCCCCAGGACCCGGAGGAGAGCAGUGCACAUCUCCAUCAUGGAAGGUCUGGAGUCCUUGCGGGACAGCGCCCACUCCACACCGGUGCGCUCCGCCUCCCACGGCGAUGCCUUCCUGCCGCAUUCACGAACCUUCCGGGCCGAGAGCAGCGAGCGGGUGACCAUCAUUUCGGAUGAGAUCUACAGCCCCUCGGACAGCGUGCUCCCAACGCCGGUGGCGGAGCACAGCCUGGAGCUGAUGCUGCUCUCGCGGCAAAUCAAUGGGGCACCGUGCAGCAUCGAGGAGGAGAAGGAGUCCGAGGCCGGCACCCCCACACUGGCAGCGGCGGAAGGAGAGGAGCGCGGAGGGGAGCUGCGCGCCUUGUGCCCUGGCGCAGGCCGCCGCGGCAGAGCGCAGCAGCAGGCAGAACAGGUGAAUACGUUUGUUUUAAGUGUCCUCCGUUUGCUCCUUGCGACCGUCGGGCUCCUCUUUGUUUUGCUCCUCCUCCUGAUCAUCCUAACCGAGUCUGACCUUGACAUUGCCUUUUUCCGUGAUAUUCGCCAGACCCCCGAGUUUGAACAGUUCCAUUAUCAAUACUUUUGUCCCCUCAGGCGAUGGUUUGCCUGCAAAAUCCGCUCCGUGUUCAGCCUGCUCAUUGACACCUGAAGGCAGGACUCCUCCUCCUCCUCCUAGUAACUAGCCAGGUGGAUUGUGAAGACCCCUGCUACCCGCCCCCAGAAAGUUACGGGACACACCGCGGCACCAUCGGCACAUAACUAUAAGUCCUUCUCCUCCUCUUCCUCCUCCUUUCAUGAAUCCAAGUACACUGCAACCUAGGGGAGUUGUUUCCGAGCGGAAGAAAGGGAGAUCCGACUUAUGCCAGAUUCAAACACUCACCCCAUUUCUUUCAAGGCCCUCUUUCCUGGAACAUUUCUGCAACAGGUCCGCUUCCCAACUCUUUUAACUUUAUUCUGCACUCUUCACGUUUCCUUUUAGCCUUCACUUCAAGGACUUCAAGUAAAGAGAGUUUAUUUUGUUACUUCGAUCACUGCAUUAAAUGCCAGCCUCCAUCCGGGACACUAGUUCAAGAAGAGAGCGAUGACUUUAUGCAGGAGCUUUUGUGUAAUGGUGCUACCGAGUUGUACUUUUAAUAUGACGGUAUUAUUACCAUUAUUAUUUUUUAUUAUUUUGUUGAAACUGCCACUACUGUGCACAGCACGACCACCUUAAAUGCAGUCACUUGGAAAGAGGGCGAUUUCCUAACUCACUCCCAUCCACUUCUGGUUUAAAUGUGGAAGAUAUGAGGGUGAUCCAAAAAGUAAGGUUACAAGGGUUUUUUUAAAAUACAAAGAAAGAAUAUAUUUUAAUAGAACUUACAUGGAUUGUAGCAUUGGGAUUACACUAUUUUUCCACAUAAUCACCAUUCAGUUCAAUACAUUUUGUCAUCCGUGGGACAAGUUUUUGAUGCCCGUGUCAUACAAGUUUCCCGCCACCUUUUUCAGCCAGUUCGUCACUUUGAUUUUCACCUCGUCGCCGGAAACGUUUUUUCCACCCAGGUGUUCCUUCAAUUUAGUGAACAGAUAAUAGUCACUGGGUGCAAGAUUGGGGCUGUGAGAGGCGUGGCUUAAAACAUCCCAACCAAAUGAAGUGAACCACUCUUGAGUUGCAUGAGUGGUGUUCGGUCAUGCAUUGUCAUGAAGGAAAGAUUCCCACCAUCGGCAUCCCAUGUUUGUUUUGGAUGGCUCUGCCAAGUUUCUUCAUGGUCUCACAAUAUAUUCCACACCCAUUUUGUCUUGACAUGAUGUCCUCUCCAUAAACGGAAACAAUUUCGCAAUGAAUUGCAGCGGCGCUCAUAUCCUUCGCAUUUAGGGAGUGUAUUCCAGCGCAAACUUUGCAUUUGGAGGGAAACAGAAUGAGGACGCUCAUCUCAAAUCUUCACAACACCAGUUGAUGAACUACUAACAACUGGCACUGCUUGUUCACUACCGCUGGCUUCCCACUACACAGCAGUGAUUCCCCUGUGAAAGUCUUGUAACCUUACUUUCUGGAUAACCCUCGUAAGUGGAGAGAAGAGGGAAGAAACAAGGUUCGGACAAGGAGGAAUGGCCACCAUUUCCAUUUGUUUUUAAGCAAUAGGCAAGAAAGAGACGAGGUUUAAACCUCUUUCCCCCAAUUCCACCUCCUUCCCUUCCUUUUAUUUUUAUUUUGGGAAUUUCAGCUUCUCACCUGUAAGAUUCCAGGACUUUCCUUUAGUUCAACUCCCCAAAUAAGCAGCCAUUAAUUAGCACACAGGCAGAGUAAAUAAAUACCUGUCACAGAUUCUCUCUCUGGCCAAGCCUUGCUAUCUAUCUAUUGUAGUUGUGACCAUCUGGAUUUCUUUUGAAAGACAUUGUUUUGCUUCAGAAAGCUAUAAUUGUUUUUUCUACGACAAAAUUUCAACCUCUAUUUUAAGAACAAAAAUGCUAUUUUGUUAAUUUUUUUUUUUACUUUACGACUGACAACAUGUGUAUAUAGGGUGUGUGGUGUACAAAGCGAUGGGCAAACAAAAGAUGUGCGAUUUUUGAUUUUUUAAGAAUGGCCUUUUGGGCAUCAUGUACUAACCCACCUGUAGAUAAGAUUCAGGAAGGGAAGAAAACGGUUCUCCCGUGCCGCUUCUGCUGAUCCCAGGAAGGAGCGAAAGGAUUGCAAAGCAGAAGUGACGACUGGGAAACCAGAGAACCUGGCAAUGCAAUCUGACCGACGCUGUCUCCAAACGAAAGGGAAUUCAGAAAAAAAUAUCUUGUGAUGUGAAUUAUAUUAUUAUUUAUAUCCAAGAGCAGCUCAUUUGUAAAAAAAAAAAAAGGGAGCAAUAAAAUAAAAGAGGGUUCACAGGCCGGGCAAGAGCGUGAAGCCAGGCUUUGGCCAGUGUUAUAUUUCAUCUCAGGGAAGAGAUUAUUCCAGGCCAUCAUCUGGGAAUCGGAUCAGAAAAAUAUUUAUUUCUUCGGGGAAGGCUGGCUUCACACUCCUGUCCCCGUGCUUGCACGCUUAGCUGCAGUCGUGUUCACGCAGAAAUGAAGCACUGCCAGAACACGGGUGUGAAAAAGAGCGACGCGCGAGGGGGCCCCCAAGCACUGACCACCUCCUCCCCAGGUCCGGUCAUUCUGCCCACUGGGGGGGAAACGAGCACAAUAACCAAUACGAGCAAUACAGUGGAGCGUCGGCAAGGACUCAGACUGCAGUGUAUGUAUGUAUGUACGCACACAUACCUACAUACACACACACACACACACGUGUGUUCCCUUAGGAUCCUGUGACAUUUGCACACCUGCUGGGAGAGCAUUAACUUGCAACUGCCAGAAACAGCAAACCAUUAUCGUCAAUAAGUCAAAAAGAGAUAUUUUGGCUUUCACGUUAACUUUUUUACACAGGUAUUGUCAAAGGCUUUCACGGCCAGAAUCACUGGGGUGUUGCUGUGUGGUUUCCAGGCAAUGGCCAAAGUGUUCAAGCAGCAUUUUCUCCUGGCGCUUCACCUCCACCUGUGGCUGGCAUCUUCAGAGCAUCUUAUGGUAUAAAGCAAGGAUAUAUAUACUUGUGGAAUGCCCAGGGUGGGAGAAAGGGCUAUUGUCUAUUAAGCAAGUGUAAAGGGUGCCAUUAGCAAGCUUGAUUUGCAAGUGUUCGAGUGGAACUCACCCAUUAGCAUGUGAAUAACCAUAAUCAAUAGCAGGCAAUUAGUAAAGGCAUCUGCCUUCUCAACCUGAGGGUUGGGACCCCUGGAGGGGUCGUAAUGGGGGUGUCAGAAGGCUCACCAAAGAUCACAGUAUUUUCUGUUGGUCAUGGGAGUUCUGUGUGGGAAGUUUGGCCCAAUUCUGUUGUUGAUGGGGUUCAGAAUGCUCUUUGAUUCUAGGUGAACUAUAGAUCCCAGUUACUACAACUCCCAAAUGACAAGGUUUAUUUUCCCCAAACACCACCGGUGUUCACAUAUUGAGUAUUCCUGCCAAGUUUGGUCCAGACCAUGAUUGUUGGAGUCCACAGUGCUCCCUGGAUGUAGGUGAACUACAACUCCAAAACUCAAGGUCAAUGCCCACCAAGCCCUUCCAGUAUUUUCUGUUGGUCAUGGGAGUUUUGCGUGCCAAGUUUGGUUCAAUUCCAUGGUUGGUGGAGUUCAGAAUGCUCUUUGAUUGUAAAUGAACUAUAAAAUCCCAGAAACUACGACUCCCAUAUGACAAAAUACAUCCCCUCCAACCCUACCAGUAUUCAAAUUUGGGCAUUUGUGCCAAAUUUGGUCCAGUGAGUGCAAAUAUAUUCUGCAUAUCAGAUAUUUACAUUACAAUUCCUAACAGUAGCAAAAUUAGUUAUGAAGUAGGAAUGAAAAUAAUGUUACGUUUGGGAGUCACCACAACAUGAGGAACUGUAUUAAGGGUCGCAGCAUUAGGAAGGUUGAGAAACACUGGCCUAAAAGUAGCCUGGCCUUCAUUCCGUUUGAAUUGUUUGCAUCCUGGAGACAUCCUUAGCCUGGGUGGUGUUCACUUGCCCUUGAUUGCUUCCUGCCUGGAGGCCUCCUGAGCCUGGGUGGUGUUCAAUAGUCACUGUCCCGAUUUGGGUGUGUUUUUCAAUACAGGUAGCUACAUUUUGUUCAUUUCCAUGGUUUCUUUCUUGUUGAAAUGAUCAAGCAGUUGUGGAUUUCAAUGACUUCUCUGUCAUCUGACAUGGUAGUUGACAGAGUGGUCCAGAAUUUCCAUAUUCUCAAAUAAAACUCUAUGCCCACCUUGGUUUAUUAGCAGUAGCAGAGAAGAGCCCCCAGUGGCGCAAUGAGUUAAACCCUUGUGCCAGCAGGACUGCUGACCAAAAGGUCAGCAGUUCAAAUCCAGCCAGGGAGUGGGGUGAGCCCCCAUUGGUCAGCUCCAGCUUCUCAUAUGGAGACAUGAGAAGCCUCCCCACAGGAUGGUAAAAUAUCCAGCCAUCCCCUGGACAAUGUCCUUGCAGACGGCCAAUUCUCUCACACCAGAAGCAACUUGCAGUUCCUCAAUAGCAGAACACACAAUAAACCAAACUGGGCACAGAAUAUCUAGCUAGCUAAUGGCACCCCUUUACAUAUGUUGAACUGAUAAUGGCUCUUUCUUUCUCCCACCCUGGAAAUUAUUCCAGUUUUAUUAUAUACUCCACUUGUUUGACAUCAUAAACAAUAACCAUUUAUUUAUAUUCUGUUCUAUCUCCCCGAGGGGACUCGGAGCGGAUUACAACAUACACAGAUAGGCAAACAUUCAAUGCCUUUAAUGCAGUGGAAUAACAAUGACACACAAAAUAAACAAGGCCCCAGUGGCACAAUGGGAUAAACCCUUUUGCCAGCAGGACUGAAGAUCGACAGGUUGGAGGUUCAAAUCCAGGAACAGCGUAGAUGAGUUCCCUCUGUCAGCUCCAGAUCCCCAUGUGGGGACCAGACAGAAGCCUCCCUCCCAAAAGGAUAGUAAAACAUCAAACAUCCGCGUGUCCCCUGGGCAAUGUCCUUGAAGAUGGCCAAUUCUCUCACACCAGAAACGACUUGCAGUUA